AUGUGUUUGCGUGCUGGUGUUAAUGGGCAGAUUAUGUACUCUGUGUCCGAGGAAGUAAAUAUCGGGACAGUCGUCGGAAAUUUAGUGAAGGAUAUGAAUCUAAACGUAGAGGAUUUGGAUGCUCGAGCGUUUCAGAUUGUUUCUGGGUUUAAAAGCAGGUAUUUUGACGUGAAUUACAAAAGUGGCGUGUUGUAUGUGCGGGAACGGAUAGAUCGUGAAGCGAUCUGCCCUAAUGCUGCGUCGUGUUCCUUAAAUUUUGAAGCUGUAGUAAAUCAUCCACUGAGUCUGCACCGAGUAAUUGUUCAAAUUAUAGACGUUAAUGAUAAUUCUCCCGUUUUCCCAGUGAAACUUCAGGUUCUGAACAUAUCCGAGUCAGUACAGCCAGGAGCUCGAUUUUCGUUGCUUACUGCAUUUGAUGCUGAUGUUGGCUCUUUGUCAGUAAAAAGCUACAAAAUGAGUCAAAGUGAACACUUUUCGUUGGAUGUAAACAGUGCAGGAGACCAUGGCAUGUCUGCUGAACUUAUGCUUCGGAAAGCUUUAGACAGAGAAAAAGAGCCGACAGUAAAACUCGUUUUGACCGCUUUUGAUGGAGGGAAACCACCCAGGUCUGGAUCACUGGAUGUUAUAGUCAAUGUUUUAGAUAUAAACGACAACUCCCCAGUGUUUAGCAGUAAUCUUUUUAAAGUACGUGUGACGGAGAAUGCACCACCAGAGACUAAAAUAAUUAAAAUAAAUGCCACAGACGCAGAUGAAGGUAAAAACUCUGAAAUUACGUAUCUUUUUAGUAGUCACGGUCCUGAAAAAAUUUCAGACACAUUUUCAAUAAAUUCAGACACUGGAGAAAUAUUAGUAAAGGGUAUUAUUGAUUUUGACGAUAAAGCAUUUUAUGAAAUUAGAGUGGAAGCUCGUGAUAAAGGUUCACCCCCAAUGACAUCUAACUGUAAGCUCCUUAUUGAAGUCAUAGAUAUUAAUGAUAAUGCCCCAGAAAUAAGCACAACACAGCUGUUGACAGUUGUUAGGGAAGAUGCAAAAAGUGGCACUGCUGUAGCUCUUGUUACAGUUUCAGACAAGGAUGGAGGAAAAAAUGGUAGGGUAAACUGUAAGUUGCUAGGAGAACUGCCUUUCAAACUCGAGUCAAACUACAAAAAUUACUUCUCAAUUGUUCUUGAUGGUCAGAUUGACCGUGAAAACAUUUAUCAAUACUAUAUAACCAUUAUAGCAAUAGAUGAGGGUUCUCCCUCCCUUUCUAGCACCAGUGUAGUUCAUGUUCAGGUUUCAGAUGUAAAUGACAAUGCUCCAAGUUUUGAUAUGAAAAAUAUACACGUGUACAUUAAAGAAAACAUAACUCCUGGAACACUUUUGCAUUCAUUGUCAGCAGUUGAUCAAGAUUCUGAAGAAAAUGCUCGGGUUUCUUACUCCAUUUUAGAGAACAAAUCAUCAGUGUUAUCUUCAUUAAGUGUUAACUCUUUGACUGGCCAAUUGUAUAAUCUCCAAUCUUUUAAUUAUGAGGAAACAAAAGUUUUUAGCUUUCAGGUUGAAGCUGUUGACUCUGGUGUUCCUUCCUUAAGUAGCACAGCUACUGUUAAUGUUUUUAUUAUAGAUGAAAAUGACAACAGUCCCACUAUUUUACUUCCUUAUUCUGAACAUGGAUCUAUACACACUGAGAACAUUCCCUAUUCUGCAGAAGCGGGGUCUUUUGUGGCCAAAAUCAGAGCUGUAGAUUCGGAUUCAGGUUAUAAUGCCCUCCUAUCCUACCAUUUAACUGAACCAAAGGGAACCAAUCUUUUCCGAAUCGGAACCAGUACUGGAGAAAUAAGAACCAAGAGACAAAUGAGCGACAAUGACUUAAAAACUCACCCACUAAUAAUUACUGUCUCUGAUCAUGGAGAACCGUCACUCUCAACAACUAUGAGUAUUGAUGUUGUGGUUGUGGAAAAUAUGGACAACAUGCAACCUUCUCUAAGAAAAGUACCAAUGAAGGAGGAAAGUUUUUCAGACUUGAAUCUGUAUUUGCUCAUUGCUAUUGUCUCAGUAUCAGUGAUAUUCCUAUUGAGCCUCAUUGGUUUAAUAGUAGCUAAAUGCUAUGAGACAAAUGGUGUUUUUGGAAAGUCCGGUGUUCCAGUGGUCACUACACACCCUGACGGGAGCUGGUCUUACUCUAAAUCCACUCAGCAGUAUGAUGUGUGCUUUAGCUCAGACACACUGAAGAGUGAUGUAGUAGUUUUUCCGUCACCGUUUCCACCUGUAGGCGCAGAACUGAUCAGCAUUAAUGGAGGAGACACUUUUAACAGAACACAAACUCUUCCAAACACUGGAAAGGUAAGAGCAGUGGAGUUUAUUUAUUUAGCUAAUUAG